UGCUGGCAUACAAGACAACCAAGCAAGAUGAUUUUUACUAGGACUGGAGUCAACAUUUAUUUCUACAAUUCAGAAGUGAGUGAAAAAAAUGGAGUUGUCAAGAAGAGAAGAUCAAAUCAGGCAGAUAUUCCUGAUAGUCUUUGCCAAGAAGCAGAAACAUGCUAUCGGCUUAGACUGCCUGAGGACUUCUACCAGUUUUGGAAGUUUUGUGAGGAACUAGAUCCUGAGAAACCAAGUGAUGCACUUGUGUCAAGUGUUGGACUUAAGCUGGUUGGACCAUAUGAUAUUCUUGCUGGGAAACACAAAAAAGCAAAAUCAACAGAUGUGAACUUCAAUCUUCAUUGGAGAUUCUUCUAUGAUCCCCCAGAAUUUCAGACUAUACUUGUUGGGGAUAGCAGAACACAGUAUCACAUGGGAUAUUUCAGGGAUGUGCCAGAUGAACUCCCAGUGUGGGUUGGUGCAAAUGAAGCUAAGAAGGGUUGUGUGAUUUCACAAGUUGGUGAUAAUGUCUUUGCUGCAGUCAAAUUAUUUUUGUCAAAAAAACUUAAGGAAGUGGCUGAUAAAAAGAAAAAUGCUGUUUUGAAAGACAUAGAUGAAAAGCUAACAAGAACAGCAAAAGAACUGGGUUAUUCUCUGGAACAAAAAACCCUGAAGAUGAAACAGAGAGAUAAGAAAGUGGUGACCAAAGCAUUUCAUGGAGCAGGCCUAGUUGUUCCUGUAGACAAAAAUGAUGUUGGAUACAGAGAACUUCCUGAAACAAAUGCUAAUCUUAAAAAAAUUUGCAAGGCCAUUGUUGAUGCUCCGACUGAUGAGGAGAGAGUGAAGGCCUUUGCACCCAUUCAGGAAAUGCUGACCUUUGUUCAGUUUGCUAACGAUGAAUGUGACUAUGGAAUGGGGUACGAACUGGGCAUGGACCUGUUUUGCUAUGGAUCACAUUACUUCCACAAGACAGUGGGCCAGCUGCUGCCCCUGGCUUACACCCUGCUGAAGAGGAGCCUCUUUGCCGAGAUCAUCGAGCUGCACCUGGGCAACCGACGGGAGGAGGACCUGGAUCAGCUGGCACCCUGAGCCGGGCACGGGGGGGUUGCAACGGGGGCAGCCCUGCAAGCCCGGGAGCGGGCUUGGCUUUGUGUGUGUUUGUGUGUCUUUUUGUACUCGGCGGCGGUGUCUCCUGCGCUCAGUAAAGGUUUUUCUAAGGAA